AUGGAAGUUAGACAGAUAAUGAAUGAGCAAACUGAGGAGUUAAAUGUUCUUUUAACACAACAUUCAUUUCAAACUCACAAUCUGGUAGCAAUAAUUAAUACUGCUCAAGUGGGUCAUAUGCAUUCUAGCAUAAUUUCUGCAACAAAUUUCUUAGCAGAGUUACAGCAGGUUAGAAUACAACUAGAUUCAAGAGAGAACUUUGCAGAGCAAGUCAAAAUACAAAAUAUACAUAAAUUAAUGAGAAUGAGUAGCUUACAGGUGAUAAGAGUAGCAGAUACAUAA